AUGUCCAGCACCUCGAUGGCGACCCAAACAUCAGCGCCUGCGACGGAAACUGGAACAAUUAGCGACACAGACUCAGAAGAUUCUUUCAACGCACGCUCAGAUCCAAACCAGUUCUUCCCUCCAGGCUACCAACGAAAUGUGGCGCUGACGGAUCAAGACUCCGGCUCCGACUCCGACGACCAAGCGAUCAGAGAGUCCGACGACGAGGGAGACAACCAGGACUGGAACCGACGCACCGAUACCCUCUUCGCUUCAGCAGAAGAAGAGGCAGAGGCAAAAGAAAGAAGCGCGAGAAUCGCCAAAGAAAUGGAAGAACGCCAGGGCCAGCCACUGUCGGACAUCAUCGAGGAGUCUGAAAGCCGAUCGCUGGAAAGAAUGGCUCAGAAAGAAGAGGCGGAAGCUCAGCGACGAACUCAGAAGGCGCGCAUCGACAGACUCAAGCAAGAAGCAGAGGCAGAAGCCCAGAGAGCAGCGGACAAAGCCAGAGCCAAAGAAGCCUUGAAGAUCCAGAUGAAGAGACAACUGGACGAGAACACCAGAAUCCGCCGGGAAUACGCCGAGCAAAUCCAGCGCGAAAAAGAGGCGAAAGAAGCUCAAGAAAGACGCAUGGCUCGAGACAAGGAGGCAGAAGAAAAACGACUCGCUGCGAUCAAGGCUGCAGAAGAAAAAGUCCUCACAGAGCCGAGAAUUGGAAUCAGACUCGUCGCGGAGACCGGAGCCAAAGGCAACUACUACUACCUCUCGAAGAAGGAAUCCAAGCUGAUGGAAAGAUCCGCAGUUCGAGACAUGCUCGACAACCGAAGCAUCAGCAACUUCAACGAGGUCAAGCAAGCCUGGUUCAGCAGCACCGGACUCCAGAAGUUCAAAGACUCUCGACUCCCCGGCCACCGCCACUACAAAUACAACAACAGAAGCAGCUGGGAAAUCAAGGAGGGAACCACGGAAUGGAGACUCGACCCAAUUGACUACCUCACCAAAGAAGAAAGAGCUGUCAUCCAUUAUGUGGUGGAGUUUUUAAACUAUGAAGGAAUCAAACGAAGAUUCAAAGAAGCCAUAGACUCUGGACUCCUCAAGCCAAAGAAGCUGGACGUCAUCCUUCUCUUCGCGUACAAAAUCUGUGGAAGUAACCUGGUCCACUACAUGCGCUUCAUCUUCGUCCGACUCUACAAGCUCCACGAGAUUCCCAUCCCUCCAGUGCACUCCGACGCUGCACCAAGACCACCCAGAUACUAG